CGACGGCAUCGACGGCAACGACGGCAACGACAACGACCUCCGAGUUAGAGCAACGUAGUACUGCGACAAGGAUGGAGACAGAUGAAUAAAUCGUUCGUUAAGAUCGAUAAUGAGGUCAAAAAAGUACUUCAUCUUCAAUAAGAAGCUACUUUAAAAGUGUAUUAAAAUAUAAUACGAGGGAAUAAUAUCAAAUAAAGAAAGUGUUGUGGUGUAUGUGUCCGGUGUCAAGAAGAAAGAAAGAGAAAAGGAGAGAGAGAGAGGGGUACUUGAAAUUUCGUAAAAAAGGGUUGGAUGUUGCUGACGAGAUUUCUGCGGUCCUAUCGGAGUAGAAUUGCACCGGUAGAAGUUGUAGAUAGACACCUUCCAGCGAGAGAACGAUUAGUCGUUCACGACGAUAGGAGGAGGAGGAAGAAGAAAAGAAGGAGAAGGAGGAGGAAAAGGAAGGAGGAGGAGCUGCAGCAGCAGCACCACGUUCGAGAGGAGAGGAAGAAGAGAGCGCAAAAGCGAAGUUGAAAGUGUGUGUUGGGAGGGGAGAAGCAAGAAAACUGUGUUCACGAGAGAUAUAGAGAGAAUCUUGGAGCCAGCAGAAGCAAAAUAAGCACCAACGGUAGCAAGCAGCCUUGGUGGUGGUGUCCAUGAGACAAGAAGAUGAGAAGAAGGAUGAAGCUGCUGCUCGUGCUACUCUGCGUUGUCCUGGCGCCUCUGGCGAUGUGCCAGCAACAAAAGAGAAUAACGUCCAAGUCGUCGCCGGUAGCUUUUAUAAAGUAUCCAGAAAAUACAGCUAUGGGCACCUACGAGGAUGAUUUCGUCGAAAGGAUAAACAAAUUCGAUGAAUUGUCGGAAGAUUUAUCCAACUUGGCUGUUUAUAGGAAUACCAGGGCCAUCGAUGACAAUAGGUCAGUAGACAGCAUCGAUGGUUCGAACAAAAGCUAUCAACAUUCCUCGCAUUAUCCGAGAUCAAGGACUAAAUCUAGCGAGGAGAUACGAGAGAAAACACGAAGAUCUAAGAAUGUAACAAUAGGAGAUGGUAUAUGUCAGAGCAUCGAUAUUAGGAACAACGUUCAUAAUUUUGCGAUACUACAAGGUUGUCGCGUGAUCGAGGGCUUCCUACAGAUUGUUCUGAUCGAGAAUCAUACAGGAUCAGAUUUUGAAAACGUUAGCUUUCCAGAUCUAAGAGAGAUUACUGGUUAUUUUCUGCUUUAUCGCGUUUACGGAUUGAAGAGCCUUGGAACUCUAUUUCCGAAUCUCGAGACCAUCAGAGGAGAUAUACUGCUUACGGAUUAUGCAUUUAUGGUGUACGAGAUGCAAAACCUGCAGGAGAUCGGCUUAACAAAACUGACGAAGAUUGCAAGAGGUGGGGUAAGAAUUGAAAAAAAUUCAGCCUUGUGUUAUACCAAUACAUUAAAUUGGAACGUUAUAGUCACGGCUGGAGAUAAUUUUAUCAAGGACAAUAACAAUGAAAGUUCAUGCCCUGGUUGCUCUUCUCAGUGUUCUGAUGGUCAUUGUUGGACCGCACAACAUUGUCAAGUAACUGAAAAACCAAAGUGUCAUGAUCAGUGUCUUGGAGAAUGCAAUGGCGAAACGGAUAGAGAUUGUUACGUUUGUAAACACUAUAGGCAUGAAGGAAAAUGCGUUGAGAGUUGUCCAAGUCAUUUAUAUGCCUAUAUAUCAAGAAGAUGUAUUACUGAAUUAGCAUGUAUAAGAAUGAAUAACUUGAGGAAAAUAUGGAGACUCGAAGAUGAACAAAAAUGGCGACCCUUUAACGGUUCUUGCAUCACUCAGUGUCCCGAGGGAUACGAGGAUCAUGUCGAUGAAAAUAACGUUACCACCUGUCAAGUUUGCAAGGCACGAUGUCGUAAAAUAGGUCAUAGUGCUAUAAUAAGGCACAUCUCGGAUGCUCAAAUAUUUCGAGGGACGACUGUAGUAGACGGGGCUUUGGAAUUCCAAAUAAGAAAUGGUAAUCCAAACAUCAUGCGAGAACUGACUGAAGCUUUUGGUUUGAUAGAAGAGAUCACAGAGUAUCUGAAAGUGACUCACUCCUUUCCAAUAACAUCAUUGGGCUUCUUCAAAAAACUCCGAGUUAUCAAAGGUAAAAGAUUGGACAUAAACAAUGCGAGUUUAGUCGUAUUGGACAAUCCAAAUCUUUCGAAUCUCUUUCCGUCGACGCAGAAGAUCGAUAUUGAAAAUGGAAGAUUGUUCUUUCAUUACAAUCCUAGACUUUGUAUGUACAAGAUCAUAGAAUUCAGUAAAAUGGUAAAGAUAACAGACUUUAGCGAUCUCGAGGUGCAACCAGAUUCUAAUGGAGAAAAGGUAGCUUGUAGUGUAGUCAACAUAAAUAUCACGGUUAAAGAAAAAGGCCCGAAUUAUAUCGAUUUGAUUUGGGAUAGUUAUGAGCCACCUAUAGGACAACAAUUGUUAAGUUAUAUUUUGAGUUACAUGGAAACCGAAAAUGAAAACAUCACUUACGAAGGGAAUUCUUGUAGUAAUAAUACUUGGCAAAUGCUUGAUGUAGACAUACCCAAUGGAAAUUCUUUAUUUCAGAAGACAGUAACCAAACAUAUUUCGGGUUUGAAGCCGUACACGAAAUAUGCCGUUUACGUAAAGACUUUUUCUAUGAGAAACGAAAGUUUUUUACUUUCGUCUAGUAGUCCCGUAGGUCAGUCGAAGAUAAUAUUUUUCAGAACGAGCAGUGACAUACCUUCUAUGCCUACCGACGUUGUUUCUGUUGCAUUGAGCGAUACCGAGAUUAUGGUCAAAUGGAAUCCACCGGAGUAUCCAAACGGUCCUAUCGGUUACUACAUGAUAUCCGCUUCAUUAAAACAAGACGACGCAAAAUUUCUUUCAUCCAGAGAUUACUGCAAAUACGGCUUGAUAAAUGAACCUGAAGUAGAAGAAAUACAAGAAGUUACUAAAAUACCAUUACAACCAAUCGCUCCUCCUACCUCUUGCUGUUUCAAAGAUGAAUUUACUACAUUGUCAACUUCAAAAAAGUUCCAGAUGCUAUUGUGUAAUAAAAAUUUCGGGAUAAGUUCUUUAAAUGCUGGCUGGAAAGAUUCUUGCGUUUUCAAUCGAUACAAUUCAGUGUACGAUUUCAAAUACAAAUCGGAAAAUAAAGUGAAUAUUAUCAACAAUGAAUUAAUUUAUAACGUUAGCGCUGGAAAUAAUUCAUUUCAUUUGAAAUAUCUAAAACACUUUUCUUUAUAUACUAUAUCUGUUGCUGCUUGCGGAGUUAAACUUCGAGACGAUGAGCAUAUGUGUUCGUCUGUGGAAUACACGAACAUUCGAACGAAAAAACGGGAGAUGGCCGAUAAUGUUAGCAAUGUUAAAACUCACAUGAUCAACAGUUCAAUAGUCGUGGUUUCUUGGGAUACCGUUAGAAAUCCCAAUGCACUCACUGUAAGUUAUACGAUAGAAUAUACGAAUUUGAAUGUCAAAGAUGCAAAGAAAAGUACCGAGUGUAUACCAUACGUUGGACGUUACGAGGAUCGUAAAAUUUACUACAUUAAGAAUUUAAGUCCUGGUCUAUACGGUCUACGAAUACGUUCUACUUCAUUAGCCGGCAGUGGUAAUUUUUCCGAGAUGGUUCGUUUUAACAUCGAAUUCAUUGAUGAUAAUAGAGUACUAGUGAUACCCUUGGCAAUCUUUGGAUUUUUCAGCGUGGUUGCUAUAAUUGGAUAUUGUUACUUGAGAUAUCGUCGAAAGAAGAAUACUCAAGCAAGAUUGAUAGCCUGUGUAAAUCCUGAUUACAUAGAAACCAAAUAUAUCCUUGACAGUUGGGAGGUACCUAGAGAAAGCGUCAAGAUCUUGGAAGAACUUGGUAAUGGUAAUUUCGGUAUGGUAUGCCGUGGUCUUUUGGGAAACGAGGAGGUAGCGAUCAAGACGAUCUCUGCGGCAUGCAGCGAGCGUGAGAAGAACGAGUUCUUAAAUGAGGCCUCGGUUAUGAAGAAUUUCUCUACCUUUCACGUAAUCAAAUUAUUAGGAGUCGUUAGCUUAGGUUCUCCGCCGUACGUCAUAAUGGAACUCAUGGAAAACGGAGAUUUGAAGACUUAUUUGCGACGCAUACGAGACACCGAUUUAAUUCCAGAUACCUCGAGGAUAAUAAGAAUGGCGGCUGAGAUUGCGGACGGCAUGUCUUUUUUGGAAUCGAAGAAGUUCGUUCAUCGUGACUUGGCUGCUAGAAAUUGUAUGAUCUCGAAGGAUUUGGUUUGUAAGAUUGGAGAUUUUGGAAUGGCCAGAGACGUCUACGAGACCGAUUAUUAUAAAAUCGGAAAGAAGGGCCUUUUGCCAAUUAGAUGGAUGGCACCUGAGAAUCUUUCGGAUGGCGUUUUCACAUCCGACUCGGACGUUUGGUCAUUCGGUGUUGUACUCUACGAGAUACUUUCUCUCGCUGAGAUACCCUAUCAAGGAUUUUCUAACGAUGAAGUAUUAAAUUACGUGCUUCACAAAGGUGUUCUUAGUGUACCGAAAAACUGUCCUAUUAAUAUACAAAAAAUAAUGGAAAAGUGUUUCAAAUGGCGACCGAGCGAUCGUCCAACGUUCAUGGAAAUCGUAGGGGAAUUGGAACCAUUUUUGGCCCAAGACUUUUGUGAAAAAUCCUUUUAUCACUCAAGCGAGGGUAUACAUAUGCGUAAUCUUGGAAUAAAGAAGGCCUUUCAUCAAGCUGCACCGAUACGUUUUCAUUGGGGUAACGAGACUGCUAGAUGGGUUCGAGAAUUUGAGGACAAUGUGACGCUUCUUGAUCAGACUAGGGCUAGCACCAGUCGUGGCCGAAUAUUCAGGAGCGGUUUUCAACAGGUCGGUAAUGUUCCACCUUUAGAGGAAGUUCCUCUAAAUCGAUAAAGUUUUUCUCUCGUUUUUCAAAGUCGCGUCUUAUAUAUAUAAUAAUAAUAAUAAUAAUGUCUUAUUGUUGCCGUGUUUGGUCUCGCGCGUGCAUGAAUAUGAAUACGAAAGAACAACAACAACAAACAAAAGAAAAAAAGCGAAGAAGAAAAAUGGUUAAUGAUUAUGUACAAACAUACACUCAGGGCAAUAUAAUGGGACGAAUAAUUGGAAGAGGAAAAGAAAGGUAAAUAAUAUUAUAUAUAUAUAUUGAAAACGUGAAUUACGCRAAAUCGUAAUUUUGAAGAUUAUUUACGUUCUCUUCCUCGGCGGGACCAGACGCGAAUCCUCUUCUAAUAUCGUCGCGAAACGAAGAAAGACUUAAAUAGGACUAUUAGUUUAGAUAACAUACCUACAAGUUAAUAACGCAUAUCGCCUAUUCUUUCUUCUAUGGAAGUCACGGUUCAUGGACCUACAAAUAUAUGUAUUUAGGAUAAAUCCACUUUUUUUAAUGUGUUUCAUUUUCUUUUUCUACUUUUUUUUUCUUUUUUUUUUUUUUUGUUUCUUAAGCGCAACCAAAUGUUCGACAAGCCUUUUUUUAAUCAUUCAUUCCUAGAAAGAAAGAAAGAUUAGUUUUAGCGAGUCUCUAGAACUUGAUGAAAGAGUAUUUUAGUCGAAGUAUCAUUGUCUUACCACAGAGUUCCUUCUCGCAUACAUACCCUUAUAUACACGGGCAUGCAUUAAUUCAUAGUUUUCACGCAGAUUCUAUAUAUAAAUAUAUAUUAUUAUUACAUAAUUACAUACAUACCCACAUUAAAACUUAAUGCACUAACAAUAAGCAAUCGAUGCAAAUCAAUAGAUCAUUUAGUCUGAAUUAGAAAAAAGAAAAAAAAAGACGAUUUUCCAUUAACAAGUAUAUAAACAUACAUAUUCAUGGUGACCCAUAAGUAAGUUGACAAAAAUGCAUUAUGUUAUUAUU